ACUCGGGGCUCGCGAGAGAUAGAGAGAAAAGCGAGAGGGACACGACAGGGCACUCCACAUGCUACAGACAGACAGAGGUCCAAGGUCGUCAAUGUCGGCAGCAGCGGCAGGCGACAGCGCGCCACGGCGAAUCCUCGCGCUGGCGCUGGCGGUGGCACUGGCGCUCUGGCCGUCGCCGGCGCGGGCCGGGUUCAGCUGCAGCCCCGGCGCGCGGCCGGUGGUGUUCAACUUCGGCGACUCCAACUCCGACACGGGCGGCAUGGCGGCGGCCAAGGGGUGGCACAUCGCGCCGCCGGAGGGCCGCGCCUUCUUCCACCACCCCACCGGCCGCUUCUGCGACGGCCGGCUCGUCAUCGACUUCCUCUGUGAAAGCUUAAACAUAAGCUAUCUGAGCCCUUAUCUGAAGGCGAUUGGUUCUAAUUACAGUAACGGAGUGAAUUUCGCUAUUAGCGGUUCAACAACACUACCACGGGACGCCCUUUUUGUAUUGCAUGGACAGGUGCAGGAAUUCUUCUUCUUUAAAGCCAGAUCCUUGGAACUCAUCAAUCAAGGUCAGGAAGCUCCAAUCGAUGCAGAAGCGUUCCUAAAUGCUCUAUAUAUCAUAGACAUAGGACAGAAUGAUAUUAACGCUCUUCUGUCCAACUUGCCUUACGACCAAGUAGUCGCAAAGCUCCCUCCAAUACUUGCGGAGAUUAAGUAUGCUGUUCAGCUUCUGUAUGGCAAUGGGAGUCGGAACUUCUGGAUACAUGGAACAGGGGCUCUUGGUUGCCUGCCUCAGAAGCUCUCUAUCCCACGUAAAAACGACAGUGACCUUGAUCAGAAUGGCUGCCUCAGCACAUACAACAGAGCCGCGGUCGCGUUCAACACAGCUCUAGGCAGCCUCUGCGAUCAGCUGAAUGUGGAGCUGAAAAACGCGACCGUUGUGUACACCGAUCUUUUUGCCAUCAAGUAUGACCUUGUGGCCAACCACACCAAAUACGGUUUUGACAGCCCAUUGAUGACGUGUUGCGGGUACGGAGGGCCACCGUACAACUAUGAUUUGAGCAGGAGCUGCCAGUCUUCGAAUUCAACGGUCUGCGCUGACGGCUCAAAGUUCAUCAGCUGGGACGGCGUGCACCUCACCGAGGCUGCCAACGCCGUCGUGGCUGCAGCCAUACUGAGCUCCGCAUAUUCCAGACCAAAGCUCAAGUUUGAUCAAUUCUGCAAAGCCCGAUAGAUCAACCAAGAGAAGGUAGCAAAAAGCGCAAUUGAUGUAGUAUACAUUAUAUACUUGCAGUGUUUAGUUCUUCAAGGUCUUAGUUCAAGGACAUGCUAGAUUUUUAGUUUUUCCUUCUUAAAAAAUCCUUUUCACAAGGAAUAGAAAUGGUUUUAACAGGUUUCUUGUGUUCUUGUUCACAAUUAAAUAGAAACGGUUUUAGCUGUCAGCA